CAAAACCCAAUAGAAUAUUUCCACUUUCACACUUCUUCUACAGACGCUUUGACAUUUUAGUUGGUGAUAAACCAUAUGCAUGCUGGCAUUGUGUGAAGAUGUGCAGGGACAAGCUUUCACCAUGCGCCACCGCGUUAGUGACCGUCCUGGGACUAGCCCUGGUGACAUCGGCCCGCGGCCAGCAAAUGUCGGAGGAGCCCUGCUCUGUUCAGAUCCUCGUCCCCGGCCUAAAAGGCGAUGUUGGGGAGAAGGGAGAGAAAGGAGCUCCGGGGAGACCAGGGAGAGUGGGUCCACCAGGAGAGACCGGAGCACCUGGACCCAAAGGUCAGAAGGGUCUUAUGGGCCGGUAUGGCAAAAUGGGACCCCCUGGACAUAAGGGUGAGAAGGGGGAUUUGGGAGAUUUGGGACCAAAAGGCCCUGAUGGAGAUCCAGGACUGCCCUGUGAAUGUGCUCCAUUACGGAAGAUGAUUGGGGAAAUGGACAAUCUUGUCGCACAAUUAACCAACGAACUGAAGUUCAUCAAAAACGCCCUGCCCCCCUCCCCCGCAGCUGUCGCCGGCAUCAAAGAGCUGGACGGCAAGGUCUACCUGCUGGUGAAGGAGGCCAAGCGCUACCUGGACGCCGAGGCCUACUGCCAGGGGAGGGGCGGCGGGCACCUGGCCAUGCCCAAGGACGAGCGGGCCAAUGCGGCCCUCGCCGGUUAUCUGGCGGAGGCCGGCCUGGGCAGGGCCUUCAUCGGCCUCGACGACCUGGAGCGUGAGGGCCACUUCACCUACGUGGAGCGCUCUCCCAUGAGCACCUUCAGCAAGUGGCGGGAGGGCGAGCCAAACAACGCCUAUGAGGACGAAGACUGUGUGGAGAUGGUGGCUACCUCGGGCGAGUGGAUCGACGUGGCCUGUCACCAGACGAUGUAUUUUGUGUGCGAGUUCGACAAAGACAAUGUCAUGCAGCAGUAGGAAGGCGAAAGGUGUUGGGAUAAACAGAUGGCCGGAUGAUGUUGUUCUGUUUUUUUCCCUCCCUUCCUCAUUGUUUUACAGCUUUCUCGCUGAUUGCUCCUCACAGACGCUUGUUUGUAGAUCCCAAGAGAAAUCACAGAGUGUGGGAUAUCACACAGAUGUGCGUUUUGGGACCGAUACAUCCUGUCCCCUUCAUUAUGUCUGAUGCACUCAGCGGGGAGUCAUUCAACUUCAGAUGGCGAAUGGCAAAAUGUUUUAGUGUAAAAAUGCAUCAUUAAUUAGGGUCUUAAUAUUGCCAUACACAUUAAUGCCAUUAUUGUAAAAAAAUAUAUAUCAAAAUUAUGAGGGUCUUUAAAAAAAUGCAAGGUGGUUUUAAUAAUCUUUGUAACAUUUGGAUUAUGUCAUAAUUGAAAAUAUACAAAACUAUACAGUAUUUAAAUAAUGACCAAGGAUGUUUAUGAGUAUGUGUCAAACAUGAAAGGUGUAAUUACUUUUUGAAUAUGUUCCUUAAUGCGUGCGUGAUACUUUUUUUUACAUGAUAAUCUCCUUAUCACUACCAAAAUAA